UUUGCAUCACUUACCAUCCUGAAAACUGAAGCUGAUACUUUCAAACCUUGAAAUAUUAUGGUUUGGGUUUUAUUUCAAUUGUGUUUGGUUACAAAUGGAGCUGAAACGACAGCCUUUGUGGGAGGUGGAAAGUGAUGUCAGUGGCAGAGUGAGCCUUGCUAGAAGUUCCUAUUUUGCUAUACAGUACUGCAGAGACUCAGCCUGACAUUUACUUUCUAACAUUUCUUUGUAUGAAUGGAUUGAAGGGGGGGGGGAGCUUGUGCGUGCUCUCUCCCCCUCUCUUUCCCUUUCUAUAAACCAGCCCUCAGCCUUCUGACAUCACAGUCCCAUAAGGAGGCAGAGAAGGAAUUUGAUUUCAAUGAGCUAAAAAAAGGAGUCUUUGUAGGGGGUGGGGGGUGGGAGAGGCACGCGUCUGCUUCAAAGAUCCUAGGCAUCAAAUGAGAAAUCAUCUAGACUCUCUGAGGAUGACAUCAAGUUGAGAAAAGAGACAGACCGAUAUCGUGCCAAUUUCCUGGACCCUGCUGGUGUGCAUGCGGCAAAGGGAGAGAGGAUGGAAAUAGAAGCCCUGGCCUCCGAACGUAGAAGCAUCACAGUGGGGACUUCAGCGCGCGCAGCGGACAACCAAACUCACUUCACUUCCCCUGCUGCAAGCCACAAUGGACUUAAAGACAGGCACGAAUCGUUGGACAGUGAGGUUGCUAAAGAGAUCAGGUACCUUGAUGAAGUGCUAGAAGCAAACUGUUGCGAUUCGGCUUCUGAUAACCCCUUUAAUGGGAUGACUUCCUCCUCCCCUGAGCCAAGCCCAUCCAUUGUUGUGGAUGGCUCUGGUCCAUCUGUUCACCUUGCUAAUGAUUCCAGAGCACCCAACGAAAGCAGCACCAUUGUAGUUCGUGGGCAAGCGGCUCCAGUUGUGGAGCACAGUGGAAUAAACGUUGCGCCUGGGAAGCUUAAGCCAAAUGGCCACUCCAUGGGCACCCUGCAAGAGGAACACUGUGACAGCCUGAAAGUGCCAGUGAGUCCAUGCUCUUCCACAAGCUCGAGGUCUUCCAAGGAUGGAGAAGCGACAUUGGCCACCAUUAAGAAAGAGGCUAAGUUUGAGCUUAGAGCGUUUCAUGAAGACAAGAAGCCAUCAAAGCUCUUUGAGGAGGAGGAUCCAAGGGAGAAUUACAGAGUGCGUAAAGUGAGGCCCUCCGAGGAAAUGAUGGAGCUGGAGAAAGAGCGGCGGGAGCUCAUUCGAAGCCAGGCUGUCAAGAAGAACCCAGGUAUAGCAGCAAAGUGGUGGAACCCACCCCAGGAGAAGACGCUGGAGGAGCAGCUAGAUGAGGAACACUUGGAGUCUCACAAAAAAUACAAGGAACGCAAAGAGAAGCAGCAGCAGCAACCACCAAUGCCCGUGAAACAUGUCUCACAUUUGUCUGCAGCACCUGAUCCAGCUAGCAGUAAAAAGGUUGAUGUUGUCACAGAGCAAAUAGAUUUUUCAGCUGCACGGAAGCAGUUCCAGUUAAUGGAAAAUUCAGGCCCGCCAAAUAACACAACAGCAGCACCCAAGAGAUCAGGGACCCCCAAAAUGUUCACCAUACAACCCUUCUACAAACCAAUAGGUCCAUCUCAAAUGGACCGGCGAACAGCCUCAGUUACAAAGCCUGUCUCUCCGUGUGGGCAGACUUUGCUAGUUGGUAACAACGAUAUUACUGUUGUAAAAGCUGAGAAGGUGUCUUGCAUCUUAGAUGACAAUAGCGUUCAGAACAUCUCUGGUGACUCAGUGAGAGUCUCUCCAUACAGUGAUGCCACGAAACAUGGCCAUUCUACAAAGGGAUGGUCAGAUGAUGGCGAGUUCAUGAGUGCAAAGGCAGUCUUUACAGUGGUGAGAGAUGAUGAGCAGGGCACCUUAGAUCAGUUCUCGAGGUCAGUCAAUGUGUCUUCCCCUCCAGAGGAACUGGACUCUGGGCUGGAUGAAUUGUCAGUGAGAUCUCAGGAUACAACCGUUUUGGAAACACUUUCCAAUGACUUCAGCAUGGACAAUAUAAGUGACAGUGGUGCCUCCAAUGAGACAAUGAAUGCCCUUCAAGAAAAUUCGCUCACCGAUUUCUCCUUGCCCCAGACCCCUCAGGCUAACACUCCUUCCGACUGUCGAGGAGACGGUAUUUUCAAGUCACUUAGCGACCACGGCUUUUAUUCUCCAUCUUCACCGUUGCUUGACUCCAUGCUCAUUGAUGAGCAGUUGGAAUACCAGGCUGGCCUACUGGUCCAAAACGCCAUUCAGCAAGCCAUAGCUGAGCAGGCUGACAAAGCAAGUUUUAAGCAAUCCGCUGCAGAGCAAAAGAACCUCCAAGUCAAGGAACAGGAGGAGGAGGUGGUCAAGGCACCAUGCUCUGAGAAACGGCACAAUCCAACAUUUCAGCCACCUCAGGUGUCCUCUCCUGUGCAAGAAAAGCGAGAUUCAGCACCAAAGACUUCUGCAGCUCAAGACUCUGUACUCAGGGAAAGGCAAGUUCCACAGCCAUCUCCUGUUGCUCACACCACCAGACCAGUCACUGUGGAGGAAACCAAGCCAGAAGUCAGCUAUUUCAGCAAGUAUUCAGAAGCCGCUGAGCUAAGGAGCACGGCUUCCAUUCUGGCUAUGCAAGAAGCGGAGGUGACAGUAGGGCCUUUCAAACUAAGGUCAAAAAAGCAGAGGACUUUGUCUAUGAUAGAAGAAGAAAUCCGAGCAGCCCAAGAAAGAGAGGAAGAACUGAAAAGACAAAGGCAGGGUAUGCAGCUGGCACGCAGCCCUGUUGCAAAGAGUGCGCCUCCUCUACCCACCAGAACUGUGUCUUACAGAACUGCACCAGGUAAAAUAGAGAAGAUCAAGCCACCUCCAUCCCCAACCGCUGAAGGCCCCCCCUCGCAUUCCGACUCCGCAUCAGACGAAUCGGGAGGAUCCCAAAGACCCAAGAACCUGAUGCAGACUCUUAUGGAAGAUUAUGAAAGUCACAAAACCAAGAGGCGGGAGAGGAUGGAUGAGAGCAGCUACACCUGUAAAUUACUGUCUAACAAGGUGACCUCUGAGGUCCUUGAGGCUACGAGAGUCAACCGCAGGAAGAGUGCCCUGGCUCUGCGGUGGGAAGCAGGCAUUUAUGCUAACCGAGAAGAAAAUGAAUAGUUCUCUUGGCAAAAUAAAAGAGCAGUUAAAAACAAAACAACAAUGCAGAGACGAAGAAACCAAAUAGAAGAACAAAGUUUUAAUUUUUUUAAAAGGAAAGCUUCAGCAUUUUAAUCCGGUAUUUAUUACAAGUGUAUCGAUCUCUGCAACCCAUGUUUAAACAUAUAUGCAUAGAUAUACGCACAAAACACGCAGAAAAGUUAUACUAAGGAAAACCAUCUGCUACUCCACCCCCCGCCCCCCGCACACACACCAAAAAGAAAAAGGACGUGAAG